UACACGACAAUGGAGUGGGAUAAGUUCAUUGAGUUUUAUUUUGAGUUGGGCCUAAAAUACAACGAUAUUAAAACAGUGCUUAGCAGUAAACAGGUUCGAGGUAAGUCAAAGACACCUAAAAAGAAUCUGCAGCGAAAGAGGGCUCUCUCGUCGCAAAGCGUAUUCAGAUGUAGCGGUCCUGGUUGAUUUCAUCAAGUACCAACUGCAAUACUCCGGACAACUUCACGGGUAUAGAUGGAUGUACGCGAAAUGCAGAACUUCAUCUGGCAGCUGGACUCAUAUGAUAAACUGAAGCCAUAUGGCUUCUGUAUCAACGGGAGCAUUGACGGGUUCUCCAGAAAGAUGAUCUGGCUCAACGCGUACACCACAAACAGUGACCCGAAGCUGAUUGGAGGCUAUUACAUCGAAGCAGUUCAACGUUUGGGGGGCUGCCCACGAAUUGUGAGGGGUGAUCCUGGCACCGAGAAUGGCCGUGUAAGAGACUUUCAGCGGUUACUCGUCCCUAUUCCUCCAGACGGCACCGUUGACAGUUACUUGGAGGGAGCCAGUACCGCCAACCAAAGAAUUGAAUCUUGGUGGGGUUUUCUACGCAGACAGUGUGUGGAGUUUUGGUUGUCUUUGUUUGCAGACCUCAGAGAUAAUGGAUUAUAUGACGGCGGGUUUCUGGACAAGGCAAUCCUUCAGUUUUGUUGCAUGGGACUCAUCCAGGAUGAGUUGGAUGACACUGCACAGGUUUGGAAUACACACACCAUCAGACCGUCAAAGAACAUCAACGUCCCCAGUGGUCGGCCCAGUGUGAUGCAUACAUUACCUCAACUCUAUGGGACCAGAGACUUCCUUUCCCCCGUUGAUGAUGCAGUCCAACUGUGCAAAGAUGAAUGCGUCUUUCGCCUGUCAAUACCAUGUGGUCCAGAUGUGUAUAAACUGAGUCCCAUCUGACUCCACCAGCUGAUCCAUAUCAGGCGGUGAGUUUGUACAUGCAUCUCAGACAGGUCAUCACUGAGUCUAUAUAAGGCAAAAUGCCAAUCCAGACCAUAACUCCUCCGAUUGACCUCAUGACCUCUAAAUGCUCCCCUUCUGAGUGUGCGCCUGCAUCUGCAGGAUGUGUGUGGCCUUUAAUUUGAAAACUGCUUGACAAAACUAAUGUAUCUUCUAUUUGUGAUAAACAGCAGAUCAAUGUCUUCUUAUUUUGUAAGAAUUACAAAUUCAUUUCAUGUUUUCAUCACACAAAAUAAGAUUACUGCCACGAGCAAGUUGAAAAACAUUUAUUGUAAGUUGACUAGAAACAACACAAAUGCCUUAUAUUCUUGUAGAACUAUUUUGGUAACUGUUGUGGUGCUGCAUUCUUUAUUCUGUAUGACAUCCUGGCCUGCAACGCUGAAUAAAUGUAAAUUAUUCCUAAUCUGUAUGGUUUGUUCAUAAAGAUCAAUUGGGAACAUCACUGCCGCUUCAUGGUAAAUGCACACGUUCUAUAAAAGUAGCUGUGAUGUGACAAGGUAAUAAC